GUUUGGUCGAUCGUGAUCUUAAGCGACGCCCUUCCCCCGCGCUCCCGAGGGACGAAAAAAAAAAUAAAAUAAAAAAUAGGUCGACCUGUUUUUGAUCGUUUUCCCUUUCCCUGCGGGAUCUCUGGCUUUCAUCAGAGCACCAGCGUCCCAGGAUGAGGGCGACGGGAGCCUGCCGAGCAGCUCCUGUCCGCGCGCGUACAUGAUGGCAGACGACGGUCGCCCUUCUCUGGACAGCCUCGUGCGAUGGCAUCUCCGGACCUCGAGGCGAUCGCGCCAUGCCGCCGCCGGUCCGGCGGCUCCGCCCGACCUGUCCCUGGGGCUUGCCGAGGGCCUCUACAUGGGCGAGAGCGCCAAACACCAGCAAGCAGCGCUCGCCCUCGCCCGGAAACGGAGACGCCCGAACCAGUUCUUGGUCCUCAUAUACAACCUCCUCCUUGCCGAUAUCCACCAAGCUGCGUCCUUCCUGCUCAACGCCGUAUGGCUGGGCCGCGGCGGCAUCCACGUCCGGACGGCGACGUGCUGGGCCCAGGCCUUCCUUAUCCAGGUUGGCGACCUGGCGUCGAGCUUCUUCAUCACCGCCAUCGCCGUCCACACGUACCUGGCCGUUGUCUGGAACUACACGCCCCCCCAGCCGGCCGUCUACGGCAUCGUUGUCUUCUUGUGGGUCUUUAACUAUCUCCUCAUCAUAAUUGGCAUUGCCGUCACCAAAAACGGCAAGGAAGAAGGCGGUCUCUUCGUCCGGGCGACCGCGUGGUGCUGGAUCAAUAUCCGCUACGAAAUGUUACGCCUACUCCUCCACUAUCUCUGGAUCUUCAUCGCUCUCGCCAUCACCGGCAUCCUCUACACCCUCAUCUUUCUAUCUCUGAACAACAAGCGGCGCCGCGCCCAGCGGAGCGAUAAACUGCACUCGGCAGCACGUGCGGGAAAGGGGCCAGGUCCGACCGAAUCAAGGACUAACAUCCACAAUUCCGACGACAUCACCGCCACCACCGCCGCCGAGCAAAUCCUCCCUGGCGUCGACCCGGGCGCCUUCGGAGGAGGAGGAGGAGGGGGUGGCAGCGAACACGGCCGAGAAGAAGUGGCCGACGGGGUCGGCCGGGGCGGGAGCAGCGGGGGCGGGGGCGAAGGCGGGGCCGGACACCCCAAGGUCUUCCUGCUGUACCCGCUCAUCUACAUUGUGUGCACGGCGCCGCUGGCGCUGGGCCGCAUCGCCAGCAUGGCGGGCGUGGACGUGCCGCCGGCCUACUUCUACACCGCCGGCGCCCUCAUCACCAGCAACGGCUGGCUGGACGUGCUCCUCUGGGGCGUCACCCGCCACCGGCUGCUCUUCGGCGCCGACGUCGACGCCGAGGACUCCGGCCUCGACACCUUCACCUUCAUGCGCACCCCGCACGGCCGCCGCUGGGGGAACAUGGUCUGGGUCGAGGGCGGCGGGGGCCACCGUCGACCGGCCGGUGGCGCCGGUGGCGGCGCCCGUCACGGGGAGGCCGAAGGCGAGGCGGGGAAGCUGGGUGGUCUGGUGAAGAGACGGAUGGGCUGGCGGCCGCUGUUUGGAUUUGGCGGCGGCGGUGGCAUUGGCGGCGUUGGCGGUGGUAGUCAUGGCGGUAACAAUGGUUGUGGUGGUGGGGCAGGGCAAGGGGGGGAAGGACGGAGGAGGGGGGCGGGCCAUGACGGGGCCGAGCUGGCGGGGAGGGAAGACGGGUUGGCGAUCCAGAUGGACAUGGUCACCACGGUGGUGGUUGAACAAGCAGAGGGCAAACUGUGGGAACGUUGGGAGCCGGGCAGGAGCACACGGCAUAUCCCGAGCGCGUCGGCGGGGAGUAACAACAGAGCGUACGAGGACCUGGAGCUGGAUGAUACCCUUCUGAAAAACCUCGAGUAGAUAUCUAGAUAUACGAAUAUGUAUAUGAAUAUAAUUA